GCUCUACCUACUUGAAAGUUAUUUUAUUGGUGAUAAGGUUCUUCACUAUCGUUCUUCUCUCGAAGGAACCCAUAAAAACAAAUUAGAAGAAAAGUGGGAAGGUCCUUUUAUCAUCUAUGAUGUUCUUGGAAAGGGUACCUAUAAACUUCGAACCCUCGACAACAAGGUGUUGAAACAGAAGGUUCACGGCAAUAGAUUGAAGCGCUAUACUCCCCGAGCAGAAGAUUCUGAUAUAGUACCAUGUGAUCUCGCAGGAGCUCGAUAA